CUCAUACCCCGUUUCACUGAACUCCCUAGCCCAUUUGGUCUGCUAAAUAUCUCCUCCACAUACAGCGCCCAACUUACGAUGGCACAACAACCUCCCGCUGCACCGGAAGAUGAGCUAAUCAAUGGCUCAUUCUUUCCCCUCCCCCCUCCCUUCUACAAGCACUUCACACCCGAGAACCAGCAGCGACUCAAGGAAUUCAAGGAAACCGCUGGAAUUUACAAUACCCAAGCAUCAACGCCGCACCUGUCCGCCGAGCAACUAGUCAAAUUACCGCCUGAACUCCGCUUCCUCGUCCCGCCAGAACCGCCCGCCGACGACGAGAAAUACCGCGUAUUUGGUGGGGAAGUCCAGCUCAACCAAUCCUCCCCAAAGCUCUCAGACUGGGGUUAUGAACAACUCUACCCCUCCCCCCCCACCCCAACUCCUGGGGAAGACCCCUCAGUGCAGUCUGAGUGGAGUCUCAACCGCGCCGAAUACCUUCAACGACUCAUACGGUCUGCCCUCUUGAAAUUCCUUGAGCUUCUUGGCAUCAUGUCGACAGAUCCUGUCAAAUGGCGGGACGCGAUGGGCGAUCUGGGGACAUUGGCUGCGAACAUGCACGCGCUGAUCAACGAAUAUCGAGACCACCAGAUGCGGGAAACGCUGAUAAUUAUGAUGGAAGAGCAGCUGGAGAGAAAGAGGGCUGAGGUGGAAGGCGUGAGGAAGAUGAAGCACAAGGUCGAGGAGGCAUUGCUUGGGUUUGCCAAGAAUGCACCAAGGAAGAUGGAAAGUGCAACGGAGCAUCUCGAUCCGUCUUCACCGGAGGAGAAGAGGAAGGAGAGCCAGCGGCAUAUGUGGCAGGCCAUGGACGAGAUACUGGGGCAUUGAAUAGUGCCAGAUCCCAAAACCUCCUCCCUCUCCAAUAUCAAAGUAAAC